CCACCCGAUCCAUCCGCUCGGCAACGGACACCCAGCCCGGCCGCCGAGUCCAAACCCUCCCAGCCCCCGCGCCCGCCCACAUGGCCGCCUCCCCCUCCUCCUCCCGCUCCCCCGCCGCCUCGCGCCGGGGCGGCCGCGCGGCGCGCCAGUCGCCAUUCUUCCGCGACCUCGCCUCCCCCAUCCCGUCCCACCGCGGCGGGUCACGAUUCGCCUCGGCCGCGGCCGCCGCCCCGUCCCCCGCCACGCUGCCGCCGCCGCCCCUCUUCACGCUCGACGACCGAUUCGCCGCCGCCGACUUCUCCCCCGACCCCACCGCCUCCGACCUACUCCCCGUCGCCUCCUCCCCCUCCCCCCGUGCCGGCUCCGGCAGCCGCUCGCCCUCAUGGGACCGCUCCCGAGGCAAGGCCUCCGCCCACGGAUCCCCCAUGGACGGGGUCGUCGAGCCGCCUCGCAAGGAGCUGCUCGCGCUGCCCCCGCCGUCGAGUCCCUGUACUCCUCCUCCGACGGCCACGGCCGCGGCCGCCGAGGCGCCGUCGCCCGUGACUCCGGCGACGGAGACGGCUAGGACGGAGCCGGCGACCGAAGGGAAGGUGGAUGGCGAGGAGUGGGUCACUGUAUUCGGAUUCUCCCUUAGAGAUACCAACCUCGUUCUCCGAGAGUUUGAGAAAUGUGGUGUUAUACUGAGACAUCAUUCUGGCCCAAGAGAGGGUAAUUGGAUCCACAUAUUAUACCAGCACUCUUAUGAUGCAAGGAAAGCCCUUCAAAAGAAUGGCAUCCAACUAUGCAGUGGCGUUAUAAUUGGAGUGAAGCAUAUUGAUCCCAUGCACCAGCAGCAGCUGGAUGACAGGUUCACUGGAAUCAAUCAAGGAGGCUUCAUGGUCUCCCUGCCUUCGAAAUCACUUGUCCUGAAGAGUAGCACAGGCGCAUCAAACCAACUAGGAGCCUUGCCACGCCCGUAUGACCCGAAGUCCUCGACAAACGUUAUCAGAGAGGGGGGACGUCGCACAACAGGCAGCGUAGCUGCUCCAGCGAAAUCCAUUGUAACAAAUGUGAUGGACUUGAUAUUCGGCAUCUAGUUCGCCAGCCUGCAGACCAAUGAUGUACCUUUGGCCGAUAUAUCUGUUGUGUGAUCAGUGUUCUGUCCUCGCGGUGGUUGAUGCGGUGAUGAGCGAGUUUGUUUGUGUGCCAAAGGGUUCCAGAGCGAAACUCUGAGAAUUCGGAGAAGUGGGCCUUUUCUUUUCUUUGGCGAUGUAACAGCUAUGGAUGUGUAAUUUCACGUUUAUGUUAUGAUCUUCUACGGCUGUUGUAACUUUA